CCAGUGUUGCGGGAGGGCACAGCGCACGCCCGCAGCAUUCAGUUGCAUGUCGGCACGCACGUCCGUGGCCAGCGCCGCACCGCAAGCUGUGCAGCAGCCACGCCAUGCCAGUGCAUGCCCAUCCGUGGUCAGGUGCACGCAGCACCCUCGGCCAUGGCCAUGGCAGGCAGGCCGCAACGGCCGUGCCCGCACCAGUUCCGCCAGCAGCUGCGGCCGCAGCCUUGGCAGGCCGUGGACCGAGUCAGCUGCCGGCCGACCGGUCCGAGCAGACCGGCGGUCCGGCUAGACCGAGAUCUGUGUGCCUUAGUAAUCAGUCAGAAUGUUAUCACGUAUUCAAUAAUGUUAAACUUUCUCAAUGUUCAGAUGCCGCCACGUAGGGAACCCGAUCAUCCGGCUCCUACUCAGGCUACUGUAGUCGCACAGUUCCGCGACUAUCACGCUGAAAAGUUCUCAGGGCAGGGAGAUCCCCGAAUUGUAGAUGAAUGGAUUCAGGGCUUGGAGUUUAUCUUUGAGGUCAUGGACUGCCCCGAUAGAUAUCGCGUAAUCUGCGCUCAGCUUCAGCUCACUGGUGAUGCUAGGCUCUGGUGGAAUGCCUACUGGAGCAUGCGUCCCGGUGAGAAAGCGAUAUGUACGUGGGAUAUGCUCAAGGAGCUAGUCCGCGAAAAGUACUACCCCUCUUAUUAUCGGGCAGAGAUGGAGCGUCAGUUCUUAGCGCUCCAGCAGGGCACUCGUACGGUUGAUGAGUACGAGCGACAGUUUACGAGACUUGCAGCUUUCGUUCCAGACCUGGUUCGCACGGAGGCUCAGAGAGCGCAGCGGUUCAUCGACGGGCUUUACCCAACAGUCCGUCACAAUAUUGUAGGCCAUGGGACACAGACAUAUGCUCGUGCA